AUGUGUGUCCUCUCUAAGUUGUGCAAAGACGUCAUCGCCAAAUUCAUCCACCAGGAUUUCCAUGGAGUCGUUGCUAAGAUGUCAGUCCUCGAUGCUUUCUGCUUCUUGAUUGUGCACUCCGUCGACAAGAAGAACCUAUGGCACAAGCUGCCGGUGAUUUUGGGUCUGGCUUACCUGGCGAUUCGUCGGCACCUUCACCAAGUCCACAACUUGCUCAACGUUGGUGGGCAGCUCCCCGGCGACGGUUUCGACCCGGCUGAUUAUCCUCACAGGACGGAAGACGGGAGGUACAACGAUCCCUUCAAUGGAGUUGCAGGCGGUCAGAACACUUUCUUUGGUAGAAACAUGAUGCCAUCUGCUGAAGACAAGGUGGUAACGCCACAUCCUGCCUUAGUGGCGACGAAGCUGCUAGCAAGGAGGUCUGGUGAGAAGUACAAGGACACAGGGAAGCAGUUCAACAUGGUUGCGGCUUCUUGGAUUCAGUUCAUGAUCCACGACUGGGUUGACCAUCUCGAGGAUACCAAGCAGAUAGAACUGACUGCACCAAAAGAGAUCGCGGGCCAAUGCCCUCUCAGUUCAUUCAAGUUCUAUGCCACCAAGGAACUUCCAACCGGCUCCAAUGACAUCCAGACUGGCACACUCAACAGGCGCACAUCUUGGUGGGAUGCAAGUGUGAUAUAUGGGAGUGAUGCGGAAAGAGGGCAGAAAGUGAGAGAGUUGACAGAUGGGAAGCUGAAGAUAGCUGAAGAUGGUCUUCUACAACACGAUGGAGAUGGGUUGGCCAUAUCAGGAGACAUUCGUGGUACUUGGAUUGGUACCACAACCCUGCAGGCCCUCUUCAUCAAAGAGCACAAUGCUGUCUGUGACAUGCUCAAGCCGGCAGAUUUGAGAGGUUCAGUGAUGGUGUGGAGAAGAAGCUAA